GCACGAGGGAAGUUGUCAUCUCAUGGCAGGCCGGUGGUCCCGGGCUUGUAUCUCCGGGUUUGUAACGCUGGGACAACCACCGGGGGCCCACGAGGAAGGGGAGAAAUGAAGGGAGGGAGAGGGCGAGAGAGGCCGUAGAUGUCGGCUAUCGUCUAUAUAAGUAUGCGUUGUCCUCGCUCCAACUUGACGACUAUCCCUUCCCAAGACCAGCCCCCUCCGGUCGAGCAUCAAGAGCACCGAUUCCAACAUGGCCUCUACCAAGCUUACCCUGGCGUCCGUCGCCAGCACCCUUGCACUCAUCCCGUCCGUCCUCGCCGGCUACGAUGCCGGCUCGCAGAGCAAUAUUGCCGUGUACUGGGGCCAGAAUUCGUACGGCCAGCAGUCCUCGCAGGAGAGGCUGAGCACGUACUGCUCUACCAGCAAGAUAAACAUCAUCCCGCUGGCUUUCAUGAAUGGCAUCCGGACGCCCAUCACGAACUUCGCCAACGCGGGCGACAAGUGCACGGUAUAUGCCGGUACUCAGCUGCUCAACUGCCCCGAGAUCGAAGAGGACAUCAAGACCUGCCAGUCUCUGGGGAAGACGAUCCUCGUCUCGAUCGGCGGCGCGACCUACACUGAGGGCGGCUUCCCGGACGCGGCGUCGGCUGAGAGCUCCGCCGAGACGGUCUGGUCGCUGUUCGGCCCGGACACGAGCGCACCGAACCGGCCAUUCCGCUCGGCGGUCGUCGACGGAUUCGACUUCGACUUUGAGGCAACGACGCAGAACUUCGUGCCGUUCGCGACGAAGCUGCGCUCGCUGAUGGACGCCGACACGAGCAAGAAGUACUACCUGUCGGCGGCGCCGCAGUGCCCUUACCCGGACCACGCGAUGAACGACAUGCUCAACGGGGCGACCUCGUUCGACUUCAUCAUGAUCCAGUUCUACAACAACUACUGCGGCGUGCAGUCGUUCGUGCCCGGGGCCUCGGCGCAGUACAACUUCAACAUGGACACGUGGGACACGUGGGCGAAGCAGACGAGCCUCAACAAGAACGCCAAGAUCUUCCUCGGCGUGCCGGCCAACUCGGGUGGUGGCGGCGGCUACCAGCCGGCCUCGUCCCUCGCCCCAAUCAUCGAGUACUCGAAGCAGUUCUCGAGCUUCGGCGGCGUCAUGAUGUGGGACAUGUCGCAGCUGUACCAGAACAGCGGCUUCCUCGACGGCGUCUACAGCGCCCUGACCGGAUCUAGCGGCGGCAGCCCCAGCAGCCCCGGCACCCCCGCGCCGACGUCGACCCUGACCACGUCGACCACCACGAUCACCACGAUCACCACGACCACCACGACCACCACGACCACGACGGCUAUCCCCCCCGGAACUACCUCGGUGCCUCAGUGGGGCCAAUGCGGAGGCAUUGGCUACACCGGCUCUACCGAGUGCGAGCCGCCCUACACCUGCGUCAAACAGGGCGACUGGUGGUCUUCGUGCCGAUAGACGCAUCGCCACCGACGGGCAUCCGAACCACCGAGGACGACAAGGUGGCGGUUGGCUGCGCGACCAAAGAGGGGGCAAUGGUUACGAGCAUAUAGCUAUCUUCUAACCUUUGCUCCGUUCUUUUUUCCUUCUUCUUCUCAUUCUUUCUACGUCAGUCCAUAGUCGGGGGUUUGCGGUGUUCCAGGUUGUCUACGCUUCGCAAGUAUAUAUUAGUUGCCGUCCGGCGCAGCAUUAGAUCGAGGGGGACCUGUAUAUAUGGGAGAACUUCUCGAGGUGCCGGGCCAAAGGUUCGUGUACAUUUACUGUCAGUUCAACACAGCAUUUAUCGCUACAAUCGGCCCGCGAAUCGGUGGAGUUGUGUGCUCGUUUCGUGAAUAGGCUCGGCUGCUCGUGGAGCUGCGAACAGCCGAAAUGGCUGAAGUCACGGCCCGGAUUCGCAAUACGGUUACUUUAUAUCUUCAGAGCAGUGUGCGAGUAUAUGAGCGUUCGCUAUACCCUCUGUUUUCACAGAUAUUACCCUUGUAUGCAUCUUUUAGCUAGGUAUGGGCUCUUAGGUACUAGAGGGUAAAUUUAGCCCAUUUUCUACACCUUAUCAUCGAUAUGGUUGUUAUUAUCUCUCCUACAAUGUUCAUCUCGAUGGCAUAGACGCCGAUACGCUGAGCUGAUG